CGGACGGACGGAACAAAGCGAUUCCCUCGCUCGCUCGCUCGAAUGUACGCACGAGCCCUUGCUCUCCGGGGCUCCGAGGAAAUUUAAAAUUAUAAAGAGGAAGGAGAAGAGAGUUUAUCCUUUGGGCUAUGCAUGUGGGGAGGCUUCUUUCCCCAUCACUUGAGACUCAAGUAUCAGUCCCUUCAGACAUGCCACUACCUCUUGACUAUGGAGGGGCUGAGUCCCAGAUGAGUCACACUCCUCUUCCAGUGCCUGCCUUCUUCCGGGAAGCAGAAUGCAGUUUUUCACUCAAGAGAGCCCGUAAGCCACUGAGCUAUACCCUCCCACCACGCCCACGCCCCAAGAGUUCACUCACUGUGAGCAGGAUUUUCUCUGACCGCCGGCAGCAACCGUGGACCAAGCUUCAGCCACACAGUGUUUCCUUCCAUGGUGCACAGAGGAAACAGACACCCCUGCAUAGUCACCUGUAUGAUGCUUCCAAGAGAGAGCUGUUUUUCAGGCAAUGUUUCCAGCAGCUAAGCCGUCUUGGCAGAGGAUCUUUUGGUGAAGUGUACAAGGUGCGCUGUAGGGAAGAUGGACAGCUAUAUGCUGUGAAGCGUUCUGUGGAGCCAUUCCGAGGUGAGACUGAUAGGCAGCGCAAACUGGCUGAGGUGCGCAAGCAUGAGCGCGUGGGGCACCAUCCCAACUGUGUGAGCUUCGUACAGGCCUGGGAAGAGCGUGGACAGCUCUACAUACAGACGGAGUUGUGCCCAAGCAACCUGUUGCAGUACUGUGAGGAGUAUGGACCACUGCCCGAAUGGCAAGUGCGAGCGUUCCUCUGGGACUUACUGCAGGGACUGCGUCACUUACAUGACCGCAACCUUUUACACAUGGAUGUCAAGCCAGCUAACAUCUUCCUCUCGUCCAGCAAUGUCUGCAAGCUAGGUGACUUUGGGCUUAUGCUGGAGCUGGACUCUAGGGAUCUGAAUGAUGCUCAAGAAGGCGAUCCCCGCUACAUGGCACCUGAGCUGCUCCGUGGGGAAUACACCAAGGCUGCUGACAUCUUCAGCCUGGGCAUAACCAUCUUAGAGAUUGCUUGCAAUAUGGAGCUUCCUAAUGGAGGUGAAGGUUGGCAACAACUGAGACAGGGCUAUAUGCCCCCUGAGUUCACUGCAGAUCUCUCUGCUGAGCUGCGGAAUCUCCUAGUUGCCAUGUUGGAACCCAACCAUCUGCUCCGGCCCUCGGUGGAGACGCUGCUUGGUUCCAGCCUCAUGCAGAAGACAGAGAGGUGGCGUAAGCUGAUGCUGCUGGCACAAUCUGGGAUCCAGCAAGGAGUUUCCAUGUGCAAGAUCCUCUUCAGGUUCAUGCAGUGGCUCUGGGGGUAUGUGAGCAGCCCGGUUCACUGGCUACUGUUUUGGCAUCGGAAUGUUCCAGUCACACCCCCAAAUUCGCCCUUUGUCCUUCCCCCAGAAGACAGCAGCCUCUCUAGUGGUUGGGGUGAGGAAGAAGAGGACACUGAAGAGAGCCUUGGUGAGGAUGUCUUUGAACUAACGGAGACAGCUGGGCGUCAUAACCGCACUUGCCCUGAGCUGCAGUCUUCUGACAAACAGCCUGGUUCUCCUCUGCUGAACAUCUGCCCUUGUGCAGGAAACACCUCCACUCCACGGCACCCCUCACCCCAGCAAACUCGUGGCAGGAAGAACAGGUCUUUGGUACGCCAAGGCAGCCCUAACCUCAGCCACAUCAGCCCAGAGUCCCCCUGUAGCAGACAUGACACACCAAGCUCUCUGAAUGUGAACAGCUUGCGCCGCACACUAGCUUUUGAAGAUGAGGAUGAAUGGGAGUCAUUUGUUCCCAAGUGCUCAAAGCAGGGCUCUACUUUUGAGCCAAAAAACCUGCUGAGCUUGUUUGAAGACUCCAUGGCAUCUGAGCAAAAGUGCCAGAGCUGAGAGGAACUUCUUUACUUACUGGCUUGCAUAGACCCUUACUGGGUGCAGGGAGGAGCCCCUCCCUUUGAUAUUACACACUUGGCCAGUAUGCUCAGUGGGCUGGGCUGUGACAUAGAGCUAAGUUUAGCAAAGGGGAGGCAGGAUUUCUAGGGUUGCUUCCCUAUGCAUAACUUCUCUGCUUGAGCCCGAUGGUGAUGCAUCUUCUUGUAUUCCAAAAUUUAUACUGGUAUCUGCUGGCAGGCAGUGGAAAAUAGGGUGUACUGUCAGAGGUCACUUGAGGGGGAAACUGAUCUCUCUUUUAUAUGGGGAAUGAGGGUGGAAUCUAUAUUUUCUUUUAAAGUUUUGUCUUCUAAUAUUUGUGUGCCAGGAAUGUGUUGCCAUUUGUGGGAACUGGCUUGGGGAAUGCGGAAUAUAAACUCCCUUUCGUACUAGGGUUUUGCAAAGGUGGCAGCUGUAAGAUGACAAUAAAAGCAUUUUCAACUUUCCCUUGAA